AUGUCACAGGCUGCUAUGAACAAUGCGAGUAUCAGAAGAAAGUUGGUGAUUGUGGGUGAUGGUGCUUGUGGUAAAACGUGUUUGCUAAUCGUUUUUGCCAAAGGCAAGUUCCCACAAGUUUACGUUCCUACCGUAUUCGACAACUACGUGGCUGACGUUGAGGUCGACGGUCGCCGUGUUGAGCUGGCGCUGUGGGAUACUGCUGGACAAGAGGACUACGAUCGUUUGAGACCGUUGUCGUACCCAGACUCUAACGUGGUGCUGAUCUGUUUUUCGAUCGACCUUCCAGAUUCAUUGGAAAACGUCAUGGAAAAGUGGAUCUCCGAAGUGUUGCAUUUCUGUCAAGGUGUUCCAAUCAUUUUAGUCGGUUGCAAAGUUGAUCUCAGAAACGACUCUCAAGUUAUUGAAAACUUGAGAGCUAAUGGUCAGGAACCUGUAUCUCAGGGCUCCGCUCAAGAGGUUGCUGAGCAAAUUGGUGCCGUUGAGUACAUUGAAUGUUCUGCCAAGACCGGCUACGGUGUGCGCGAAGUUUUCGAGGCUGCCACAAGAGCUUCUUUGAUGGGUAAACAAAACAAGGCUAAGAAAACCAAGUCUUCCGGCAAGAAGAAGAAGAAGUGUAUUCUCUUGUAG